AUGUCGGAUCAUAUUCCUCCCGAAGUUGUCUUCCAAAUCCUAAUUCGAUGUGAAGUACCCACCGUUCUUCGUUGGAGGUGCGUGUCCAAACAAUGGCGGGCUGUGAUAGAUGACCCUGAUUUCAUCAAACAUCAUACAAAUAAUUCUAUCACCUUUAUCACCGAUUAUUCUUCAUAUUGCAUCGAUAUAGGUGAAGUACUCUACACAUUAGAUUUGGAAGCUUCCGGCCAGCUUUACUCCAAGUCACCCGAUUUGUGCAACAUUUUACUUGAUUCUGAAUCUUGGUACUUUGUUGGUUCUUGCAACGGUUUGCUUUGUCUACAACAAACAGAUUCCCUUGAAGCUUUGAUACUGAAUCCCUGCACUCUAGAAAAGUUGCGCAUUUCAAAUGAUUUGCCGAGUUGUUUCAGCGAUCAAGAGAGAACUGAUGGCAUUAGGAUUGGAUAUGUUGAAACAGGAGAGACAAAAGAGCUUGCUAUGCCUUACUUCAUUGAUUAUGGAAUUUCUUAUAUGGGAAUGCUUACUGGUGGAGCCUUGCAUUGGUUAGUUAGGAGAUCUGAUGGUUCGACAGGAAAAAAGAGGGUGAUUUUGGGUUUUGAUCUUGGGACUGAGGAAUUUAGAGAGCUGCCACAGCCUGAAUAUUCUGCUACUGAUUGUAAAAUCAGCAUGAGUUUGCUAGGAACAUGGCUAUGUAUAUGUGCUAACGAUGGAGACCAACUGGAUUUUGAUAUUUGGGUGAUGAAAGAAUAUGGUGUUACUGAAUCAUGGACUAAGCUUUUUUCUAUUCCUUAUGCAACUACAUUUCUGACUUCUGUUGUUAAGACAGUGAAGCCAUUGGGGUUCUCAAAGAAUGGUGGUCAAGUUUUGUUGGAUUUUGUAAAACAAGGUGAAUGGGGUAGAUGUUUAGUUUGGUAUGAUAUUAAGAAGAAAAAACUUGAAAAGAUAAUGAAGGAAACAUGUUCGUUUGAAUCUAUUAUAUGUUUGAGAUGUCUUACUCUGCUUCCAUCAAUCCAUUCUCGCAGAGGCGGAUGCAUGUAUUAG